CCAAAGCCAAUCAGUCAAAAAGUGACUCUUCUCGCCGCGAAGUAGACAAGAAAGUGUGCACGUCGGUCGCGUUUUGUUCUGUCGGAAAAAUUUUCAGCCCGGUUUCCAGUCGGUGCAGAUUUUUGUGCAAAUCGACCCCGGAAAUGCGUAGCGGUUAGCUUGCCGUUUGAGUAAUAUUCUUCCAUGUACGGCAAGUGACGGGUCGGACGGUGGGCAGUGAUCUGCAAGGGUAAAAAAACCUUGCAAGCAAUCAAAUUGUGCGGUUCUUCAGCGAAGGAAAACAAGAGUACGUGAACCAGAAGUGACAAGAAAAAGAAGAAGCUCAAGGUUUGAUUCUGCAAAUUGAAGCACAUUUACGCAAACAAUGGAUUCUAAACCAGCGGAUGAGCCACCAAAGGAUGCUUCCCCAGUAACGACCGUCGCGGAGAAAGAUAAUGGUGCAGUGUCAACGGUGCCCAAGGAUGCCGUGACUGAAUCAAAAACUUCUACCGAAAGCAUCCAAGGUGCUGUUGGUGACGAUACGGCUGACGAGCCGAAGGUAAAAGACGUUACAUCCAAGGACGAGAUUAGUCCACAGCUAGCCAGAAGUGGUGUCGAUGAUGGUGAACAGGCAAAGGACGAAUGUAAGCCUGAUGCAACUUGCACUGAAGGAGAAAACCCAGCGUCUAUUGACGAUGAGGAUGCAGCUGAGGAAGAUAAAUUUGAAGAUGCUGUUGAUUCGGAACAGAAGGAGGUCAUCGCCGAAGAGUCACCUGCGAAGGAAAAAUCUACAAUGAAAGAUGUGCAAUCAACCAACGGUACCAACUCCUUAAAAUCGUCUUCAUCGGAAGAAGUCGCAUCGCUGCGGGUGACCGAAUCUGAAACGUACGAAAUCGAUAGUUCCCCGGAGAAGCCUUCCACAAACACAGUAGUAGAAGAGUUCAAACCAGUACCCGGACCAUCCUCCUCUUAUGGACUUCCGCGGAAGAUACCAAUGAAGAGCCCUGAGAUCGUAACUGUCGAAUUGGAUGAUGAUGACGACGAUGAGGAGGAGGAAGGCGAAGUUAAAAGAGUUAGGCCUAGAAACGAUUCCUACGACGACGAGGAAGAGGACUACGACGAGGAUGAUGAUUAUUAUGAUGAUCCGGACAGUGACGAUCAGGAUGUCAAUAGGAUUAUUCAGGAAGCUUGCGAUGAGAUCGAUGCGAUUAACGAUCCGGAAUCGGGUGGCGAUGAUAAGAUGGAUGUUAGUUCCGAUGAAGACGACUACAGCGACGAUGACGAAGAACAGCCGAGUAUUACGUUGAAGGCUAAAGUUGGACCGAGUUUGGCGAGUAGUGGCAGUAUUAAGCGAAACAAGAGCGAUUAUUCGGAGGAUGAUGAAAUGUACGGUGAUGAAGAGGAAUAUGACUAUGAUGAUGAUGAAGAUUUGGAAGAGGUUGUUCAACUAGAUAAGGACUCAGUGAAACGAAAGCUGCCUCAAGCUCCCAUAUCGAUGGGGCAAAUUAGUGUUGAAGAUGAAAGUGAUGAAGAUGUGCAAGCGAAGAAAAAAGUUCGAAAAGUUAAAUACAAAACCUACAGGAACAAAUUGGUAGCAAAGAUUCGCAAGAGGACCUGCAAAUUACUAAAUAAGCGCAGUAUGCACGUUAUGGAGGAGGGCGGCGAUGUGCUCGUCUGCUCGGAUGCCAAAAUAGUCAGCCUAAAGUCCGCCAUCAGUAGUGUAGCGAAACCACCAGCGGAGGCAGCCUCCGAAGUAAGGACAGACAAUGGAACAACAAUUUCGGACCCGAUAGGAAAGUCCAAAAGCGUCGAAGAAAUAUCCAGUGCCGAUGCACCAAAGCCAGCCGGCGAAAAUCGCAGGAAUGAAGAGAACAAGGAGAACAUGACUGUCAAAGAUAACUCGAAAGAUUCUGGCCGGGAAGCGGUACCGGAGGAGAAGGUGAAAACAACCGAUGUCGAGCGGAGCGAGAGGCGCGAACGGAAAUCGGUGAAAUCGGAAAUGGAAGACGUGAUGAAUGACAUCGAUGAGAUUAUCGAAGAUGUCAAAUAUCAGAAUGGAUCGAAGGCUGAUUUUAACGAGGAACUCGCAUUCCAAAUGGACAUGGAUGGAAGCCAACCGGAUGACGAGGUACAAUAUGAUGAAGAGGAAGACGAAGAUGAGGAUGAGGAGGGUGCUGUCGAUUUAUCCUCAUCGUAUGAUGCCAAUAAGAGUGAUCGAGAGGAUUACGGUAGACAUAGUCAGACAGAUGAGUCGGAUGCGGUUGAGCUGAUUGAUAGCUCACCGGAAAAAAGUUCACAGGAGCAGCCUGUAAAGAAACCAGCGAAGAAACCUAAUGUGUCAAAGCUAGAAAGUGAUCUCAACAGCAGCAUCAAAGCUGAAAGCGAUAAGUCAAUAAAAGUGAAAGAAGCUGGUGAACAUCCUUUGAAAAAGAAGCAGGAGUCGGUUGAAAAGCCUUCAUUGAGUGCAAGCAAGUCUAGUCCUAAAAAAGAGGAGGAACCAUCAGAAAGGUCAAAGGAGAUUGAGACUGUUUCACGGAAGCGUCGACGCUCGGUUGACAACGAAGAGCUCGAAGAAGAACCGAUUAUUCCAUCGAAGAAACUGAAAAGAGAGUUGGAAUGCAACUUCCAAACUCAUGACCGGCUGUUGAAGGAGUACAUCGAAACUACCUCCAAUAACUCAGUUGAUGAUGUUCAAAAGCAUACGGACUCUCUGGUGGUCGAAAUUCGGACCCUAAACGAAAUGAUACGUGCCAAAGAAAACGAAUGGAACAACAUGAUCCAUUUGAAGAAAGUUAAAGAAGAAAUUUUGCUUCGAUUGACCCGGAAGAAACAUGUGAUGGACAUCACCGAUACCAAACUAGGGGAAGUUUCCGAGUACAGUCACUUUGAUUCCUCGAAUCUAACCAACGUACGAUCUGCUUCUGUAGGCCCGCGACCACCUACCCCUCCUCCGGAGGUGGACAUUCGUCCUGCCUCGGUUACACCGAUGCACAGUAGCACUUUGAACACAAGUAAAAAUGCUAACAUAUCGAACCACUCGAUUUCCGGUAGUCGCAAAGACAACAGCCUGUUUGCCCAGUUCAACCACAGCAACAGUUCCGUAACCAUGGUGCCAUUGUCAACGUCCUCUUCGUUGAUCACUUCCACAAACACGAUACUGCAAUCACGCGCAAAUAUGAAAUCAUCCGAGGUUGCAAAAGAAAAGUCCAACGCGGUGCAAAUACAGCGACAAAUUCUUCCCAAGCCGAUUCUCUCCAAUCAUCAGCAAAUUUUGAACAAUUUGGCCAUGUCCGCCGGAUUGACUGCAGCGGCCAUCACUAGCGCCGGUGCCACAUCGAUCUCGAAUGCUGCCCCGACGGCAACGGUUUCCAAUGCAGCCACCAUCAACAAUAUUCUGGCAGGACUGUCCGCCCAAGCAGUUGCUCUGUUAAACGGGCACCAUAGCCCAUCGGGAUCCAAUCAUCUUCAGCAGGGCAACAACUUGCAAGUCGGACGACAGGGUGUCAUCAAGGAUGUCAAAAGUAUUAUCGCUGACUACAGGCAAAAGCACCCGGAGCAGGUACCGCGAAGGGGCCGACGAUUGAAAAAUAUUCCAAACAGCGGAUAUGAUGCCAGCAAAGGUGGAAUCGGCUCAGCGGCAUCCCGGAUGACGGAGUUGAGUUUUCUUCUGGCGGCUGCAGAGAACUCCCGUCCCUCUAGCAACGAUUCGUCCCAGAGCAAUUCCAACAACUUACCCGCCAGUGGCGCCACCACCCCAACCGGCCUUUCCUUCAAGGAUGUCCUGGUACAAUUUGCCAAAAUGAGCCAAUCGGACCGCAAUCUGCUGUCCAAUUUGAGCAGCAUUACCAGUGCAGCUGUCGCUGCCACAACUGCUUCCGCUUCAGCUACAACCAAUUCUUCAUCUUCUUCCCAACAGCAGCAGCAACAUUCUCAGCAAAACGCUACCGCCAAUCUGAGUAAGGGAGCCUAUCCGGAGGUAACACUGCACCCGGUGAUGAACUCUAGUUCCGCCUCGGGAACCGCUACCACCGAUAUGAAUCACUCGACCGGAAGCAACUCCAGCGCCAACCAAUCUCAAAACAAUAACAACUCGACCAACUCCCUUCUGCACGGUAUUCUAACCAAAGCCUCAUCCCGCCCGAACGCAGCCGGGUUCACGUCGUUUUCGCCAACGCUGGCCCGGUUGCUGACGGCACCGGAACGUAUGAAUUCGCAGGCGGCCACCGUCACCUCCGGAGCGUUGGCCAAUCUGCAGGCAAACACCGGACUCAAUUUGUCCAAGUCGAACAGUGAAAUCACGAUCACACCGGUCGGAGCCUCCAAUCUGCAGCAAUCGCUGUUGGCACACCAGCAACAGGUGCAGGAGCAGCAGAAACAGCUCCAGCGGCUACGGGAGCAGCAUUUCCUAAAUAUGCUCUACUUACAGGACGAUGAAGCGGACGACAGUGUCGAUCGUCUAGUGAUCGACGAAGGCGAUGAUCAUCAUGGCUCCUCCAGUGCUACCCAUCACCGGGAACGGGAACCGAAUGUCGUCCUCACAACCCGUGGUGGAAAUCGACCCGAAUUUCACGAAAAUGACGUUCCGGAGUGUCAGGGCUGCAAGAAACGGGAAGCCCAGUUCGUUUGUGCCGGCUGUGGUAAUCAGUGGUACUGCAGCCGCGAUUGUCAGGUUAACGCAUGGGACGACCACUCCGAAGUUUGCACUGGGUAAAUAUUGCGAAAACAUACAGUCACACUUAUUGACAAAUACCACAGAGGAAAAGGUAUCGUUUUUUUUAUUGCAAAUGACUAUUCGAACAGAACAUAAUACACUGAACUAUCGGUUUAAGCUAGCAGGAUAAAAUAAUUGAAACCGAAACUGCAGCAUAAUUUAUCAGUAUGGGAUUUCUUACCAAUCAAGCGACAAUUUAUUAGCGUAACUUUUUGAAUAACUUUAAAUAACUACCACACAUACACGAAGACUUUGCGCGCAGCGAGCCGGCAUGAUUUUGAACAAUAAGAUUUCCUUCCGUAGAAGGAGGUAAGGGCGUUCUCUUACAAAAUAUCCUAUUUUUUAUAAAAUCAUGCUUAUUAUAUCGGUUGGUUGUGCAAUCACAGGUUGGCACAACUACGAUCACCACCACCACCAAGAUUAGCAUUAGAAUUUAGUUGCAUUUGGUUGUUGCUUAAGUGAAAGUUUCUCAGCAGAAAACAUUUCUCAUCUCAGAUAGAAAAAAUCGGUAAUAUUCAUGCUUUCCCAAAUUUAGUUCUUUUUUCAGUAUGAAAGUGACAGGUCUUUGAUUGAAAAAAAUGAGGAGGAUUAUUGCUACUGCUUAUUACUUCCGGCUUUUGAAUCCAUGAAAUAACUAAUUCGAAUACUAUAAAUAAAAAAGUUCAGAGGAAAACAUUCGUCAACAUUUAAAUCGACAUUUAAUCAAACGAAAUAGUAUGUGUACCGUGUAAGUGGACAACGUUAACUACACUUAUUUAAAUAUUACAUUUAAUUAUAUUUUAAUUGAUCAUAUAUUUACCAAUACAUUUAUGGUAAAAGUGCGAUAAGCUAACACACAUAAAUUGCAAACGUAGAGUAGUUGAGCGCUAGAUAUACUGAGUUAGUAUUAGUAAGUGUAUGGAACUGAACGGAAUGUAUGAAGCAUUACUACGAAAAUAAAGCAAAGCAAACGAUGAAAGCUCGUACCAGUGAUGAUGAUAGAUAAAGUGCGUGGCUCAUUAGGGAGCUGUACUACUAGCAGGUCGAUUGGAUCACACGUGUUUUGUAUCUUACACGUAACAAAUUGAAUAAAAUAAACCAAGAAACAUAAUUUA